AUUUCAGUCGUAUUAUGCUUCUGGAGGGAAAAAGAUUCCCAAACGGCGCGAGCGAAAAAUCAAACAAACAAAAACAAAAAAGUGUGUUCAUUCGUUCGAAGAUAGAGUGCGCGCGAUAGUGGUGAAUCUCGAAUGACAUCCACUAAAAUGCGGUCGUCAACCGUUUUCGCAAACCGGGCCAAGCGGCGACGAAAAGCCGUCGCUAGGGCAAUUAUUGUUGUUGUUUUGAUUAUGGGCAACCCUGGGGCGCUCCUUGGGGCGCCAGCGCGGAACCAUGUGGACAUCGUUACGGCGAGUCAGGUUCCCACGAAAGAUAUGUUUGAUUUCAUGCGACGCUAUGGUUACUUGGAUAAGGGUCCCAGCGAAGCUGAAGCGCUUUAUAGUGAGGAUGCCAUCGUGUUGGCAAUUAAAAAUGUUCAACGGUUUGGGGCUCUUCCAGAAACGGGUGAAUUGGACCAGCGAACGAUUCAGCUUAUGGCAUCGCCUCGUUGCGGCGUCGCGGACUUAAUGCAGCACGACCAGUCUAUCCGCCAUCGACGGUACGUUAUUGGAUCGGAGAGCUGGAGAAAGAGGAAGAUCACUUACUUCAUCGCAAACUGGAGCAGCAAAGUGGACGAAGCUUCGGUCGCCAAGUUCAUGCAGAAAGCCUUCAACGAGUGGGCGAAAUACAGCAAUCUGCGAUUCGUUCGAGUGUACGAUCCCUCGGCGGACAUCAUAGUAGGCUUCGGCAGCGGUUACCAUGGUGAUAAUUAUCCUUUCGAUGGACCUGGGAACAUUCUAGCGCACGCAUUCUACCCAUACGAAAUGAAUUCGUACGGAGGCGACAUUCAUUUCGAUGAAGACGAGAACUGGAAGGAGAACUCCACCCAUCUUUCCGAUGGGGUGGAUUUCUACUCGGUAGCGAUCCAUGAGCUGGGUCACUCACUUGGAUUGGCUCAUUCGCCGGUGUAUUCGUCGUUAAUGUUUCCUUACUACAAAGGAAUAACCCAGGGAACGCUUGACUAUGACGAUAUUCUUGCCAUGUACAGACUUUAUAUUCAAAACCCUUAUAUCACCGAAGAUCCACCACUGGUCACAGAAAGCUCCAACGCCUUGGACGAAGAGUACGAGGACCCAACGGAAUCCACACCGGAUCCAGCACCCAAGCUGCCAGAUUUCAUUACGGAACCUUCGGUAGAUGACGAGCUACCCCCAUCAACGACCAAACUGUACGACCUGCCAAUAACUUACGAGGGGGACUACACAACCGUCGAUGAUCACAUCACACGCCACCAUGGUGGAGUAACGCAGUCCGUGCCGGAGUACACCCGGAUCCCGAACGCUUGCGUGGGAAGUUUCGACGCCAUCGGGGUACUUCGCGGGGAAGUGUUCAUCUUCAAGGGGGCCUACCUGUGGCGGCUGACGGAGAAGUAUCGAAUCAAGGAAGGUUAUCCGGUGAAGAUUUGGCAGGUGUUCCGGGGUUUCCCCCGGAAUGUGACCCGAAUCGAUGCGGUGUACGAGCGGGAGUUCGACAACAGUGUUGUGCUGUUUUCUGGCAAACAUUAUUGGAUUUUCGACGAGCUGAACUACCUUCAUCCGGAGCCCCGCCCGAUAACCGAGUUUGGCCUGCCGGAGAGUUUGGAAAAAGUCGAUGCCGCCAUGGUUUGGUCCAAAAACCACAAAACGUAUCUCUUCGCCGGGGAUCAGUUCUGGCGGUACAACGACACGGCCCAAGCGCUGGACGAAGGCUACCCACUGUCGAUGGAUCGAUGGUACGGAGUGCCAACAAAUCUAGACGCAGCCACGUCCGUGUCCAGUGGCAAAACGUACUUCUUCAAGGGCAAUUACUACUGGCUGUACAACAACGAGCGUGUGCGCCCGGAGCGGGGCUACCCUCGGAGGACAGGUAACGUAUGGUUGGGAUGCCGCUGAAGAGAUGUAUUAUUGAAUUUAUUAACAACACGGAAACAAACAA